CUUAGGUAUUUCUAGACACAGGUUUUCACCUUCCCACCCCUUGAAUGCUUUCGAGAACCAAGAUUCCAGAGGCAGUCUUCUUCCGGGGACCGACGUCGGCGACGAACCUCCCGCACGUCGCGGCCCUCGUCAAGGAACGGCGGGAAACGCGCCCUAGCCCGCGGCUCUGCGAGCGAUGCCAGGACUGGGACGUCCCCGAAUUCGCCGCCGGCUUCGGCGCCAAGGCGCAUCACUACGUCUGUCUACGGGACAUCCUGCGGAACACGCACCGGUGUCUGGUCUGCGAUGCCAUUGCAACGGCAACCCAAACCCGCCGGCGGGAGAGUGAGUGGCUGAGUGGGAGCCCAGAUACAUGGGUCUAUGUGACCGUUCAGGGGCCUUUCUUUCUCGAUUCGGGAACCAAGAGUAAUCAGGAGCUUCGACUGGACUUUUCCGUGCCGGAUGAGGUUUCCGUCAGACUGUUCCUCGAGUUGACCUUAAGCGUCGUGGCGAACACCCCGUCGUCGUCGUCGUCGGCGGCAGAACAACAACCCUUUGCGAUCACGCCCCAGUAUCGGCUCAGGUACUUCAAGAACGAGCCUCGUCGCCUGCAUGCUGUUGAAGAUUGGGAGGUGGACUUCUUUGAUGCCCAGAUCCUGAAAGGAUGGAUCGACGGCUGUGGGAUCCUCCACGGCGCGAGAUGUGUCGGGGAGUACACGUCUAUCUACAACUUGCCGUCGGGGUUUCGCAUCAUCGACAUCGUGGACAUGAAUGUUGUCCAGCCUUCGACACCCGUACGCUUCGUCGCUCUGAGUUACAUGUGGGAAUCCUCCGAGGACGCAGGACGCGCACAGCUCGAGAAAGCCAACGCCCGGGACCUGGAGAGCCCUGGCGGCCUCGCAUCUGUCACCCUGCCCCCCAUCAUCUCGGACACCAUAUCCCUCUGCAGGGACCUCGGCGAGAGAUAUCUAUGGGUCGACCGGCUCUGCAUCGUCCAGGACGACGAGUACUCGAAGCCCAACCAGAUCGAUGGCAUGGACCGGAUCUACCAGUCCGCCUCCUUCUCCAUCAUGGCGGCGCUGGACGACCGUCAGGGACACGGGUUUCCCGGAUACGCUGGGAACCCCAGGCGGCCGAGGGCGUCGUUAUGGGGCCCGGCGCGCAGCCGCAACGUCGGGCGGGGAAUCGAUCCGAACGGGAUGCAGACCGUUGUCGACGCCUCGCUGUGGAAUCGGAGGGGGUGGACUUUCCAGGAGAGGCUUCUGUCCAAACGGCGGCUAUUCAUCACCGAGUACCAGGUCAUGUUCGAGUGCUGCCGCGGACAAGCCGCCGAGGAGCUUACGUGGGCUCGGUGGCCCUCGCGAGCGGGAGACGCGGUCGACGGGGCAGAAGAGGCCUUGGAGUCUCACGAAGAGGACAUCGAAGGCGGAGGACCAGGAACGGACUCCGAAGAAGCGCGAGAAAACGCAGUCGAUCCCGCGGCGGCAGCGGCGAAAGAGAAGGACGAGCGGAUGCCUCGGAUCCCGGGCUUCUACCGCCGCCCUCUCUACCACCGAGACGCCACCAUCAAGCUGCGGGACCACGUCGCGCUGGCCAACUACUGCGCUUGGGUCGAGGACUACACCUCUCGUCGGCUCUCCCGCAGCGGCGACAUGCUCAAUGCCUUCGCGGGCGUCGGCAACGCCGUCAGGAAGGCCAUGCGCACCGAGACGCUCUUCGGGCUGCCGGAGGUGUACCUCCCGCAGGCCCUCAUGUGGAGCCAUACCGGUCCGGCGGCACGGAGGGACGACGACGACGACGGCGACGACCAUAGUGGUGGUGUGCUGGGGGUUCCCAGCUGGAGUUGGGCGGCGUGGACGGCGGAGGACGGGAGUGCGGCGGGUUACAGAUGGGCGCACGGCGACGCGAGGCUCGUGGACACGAAGCUCGUGAGGAUCGCCACGCUGGUAUGGUUUCACAUGCGGGAUCCUCCGGCGUCUGCGACAACGGCGGCGGCUGCGACAACGAAAGGGUCCGGGGACGGGCGGGUCGGUAAACUGCGCAGGCUGCGCGUGAAGGAGCGGUGGCUGGGCACGGAGAUGGGGAUGGCCAGGAUCCACGGGCCGGAGAAGCUGCCUCCGCUGCAGCGGAAGAUGGGCGGAGGAAAAGUCAAGGUCUCGGCCGAGACGGACGAGAAGCACACCGAGAUGUGGCGGGCGUGUCCGCACAGCCCGUGGGCGGCGCUCGCGCACGCGGAGCUCGACCCCGGGGCCGUGGCCGUCACGGGGAACUUCCCUGGCGCGCUGGUGUUCAACACGACCGUUGCUUCUCUGAGGGUCAGACGGGGCCGGGGAGCUCGAGGAUCCCGCGGGACGGGGUCUGGAGACGCCGAGAUUCUGGACCUGACGGGGCGGCUGGUCGGGCACCUCGAUGGAGCGGUCCCUACGAUGGUCGCUGGACGGAAGGGGGCUCGGGACCGGGGGAGGGCGGUCGUCGACUUCAUCGUCAUCAGCGCGUCGCUGGACGGCGGGCUGAGCGAGCGGAACGAGUGGGCCUUCAUCGGAGGGCAGUUCCACGAGAUGUGGCGGUUCAACGUCAUGCUUGUGGAGCGGCUGCCGUGCAAGCCGUUCGUCGCAAGAAGGCUCGGCGUGGGAUACGUACGGGUGAGCCAGUGGAGGGAGUGUAGCCCGCGGUGGGAGACUGUCGUUCUUAUCUGACCGGCGGGGGGGAGGAGUAAGUUCUUGUUUUAGCCGACCUCGUGUCCUUACACAUGCUCCAUUAGUAUGAAGCUUCAGUCGGUCUAUGUGUUCGUGCUAUUACUUCUACUCAUUGUGAUGUCCUCUAUCGAUGCGGUUCUAUGAUUAUUACCCCAGAUACAUGUAUAGGUGUAUGUACAGUAAUCAAACCUUCUAGGAGCAUCUUGGAAACCCGUGAUACGCCCCCAUCCCCCCUCUCUUGACGC